AUGGCUUCUAUCAGAGCUAACUGUAGAAAGGUCGUGUGCAUUGGCCGGAACUAUGCGGACCAUAUCGCCGAAUUGAAGAACUCCAAGCCGAAGCAGCCUUUCUUCUUCCUGAAGCCUCCUUCGUCAAUCCUUAUCCCGGGAGCUGGACCUGUUUUGAGACCGAAGGGCGUCAAGCUGCAUUAUGAGGUCGAAUUGGGGUUAAUAAUGGGCUCCAGGCUGCGGGAUCAUGGCCCAAACGAUAUCAAGGGCGCUUUGGACUCGAUUGCAGGUUACGUCGUUGCAAUUGAUAUGACUGCCCGGAAUGUCCAAGACUCCGCUAAACGCGCCGGUCUUCCUUGGUCAAUUGCGAAAGGCUUCGAUACUUUCUCACCUAUCAGUUCGCUCAUCUCUAAAUCUUCGAUCCCAGACCCGCACAAUGCCACUCUCCAUCUUGAAGUUGAUGGAGUCUCCAAGCAAUUGGACAACACCGGACUUAUGAUCUAUCGAAUCCCGCGUCAGCUAGCAGAUAUCUCAAGGGUGAUGACUCUAGAUCCCGGUGAUUUAGUUUUGACCGGUACACCCAAGGGUGUAGGAGAGGUCACGGACGGCCAAGUCAUGACUGCUGGUGUACGAGUUGAUGGGAAGGAAAUCGAAGAAGGACGGCUAGAAGUCAUGGUCAAAGACCGUGAAGGGAGAUAUGAGUUUGCUGAAAAUUAA